AUGGGUGUAAGAAAGAAGCCGCGAAAGUACAUAGGCGAGGUUCAAUUUUAUGCAGGAGGGUCCGGUUACAAGCGAGGAUGGUCUGUGGGAGGGAAGGAGGGUAGAGGAGAAAAAGGUGAACUUAUUGAUCAAGACAGUAUGAAGAGAAAAGACGUCGAUGGAGGAGGUAUACGCGGCCUGUCGAUCCUGAAGCAGUUGAUGUGGAAGAUCCAGACAGAGGAGGGAGAAACUCCCCAUAGCUCCGCUCCCGUGCGAUUAUUUCGACAUGAUAGGUGGGACGAGUACAGGAGGGCUAUGGUAGGACGCCUAGCCUCUCCAAAAAAGGUCUUUGGUAAUCCCAAACGCGGAGUACACCAUGAUGGAAGGUUCAAGGCUACCAGAUUUGAAAAGAUUUUGAAAUCUAUCGUGGCGAGCAGAAUGCCUGCCAGCGGGGCUGAGACUGAUAUGAUUGACGAUGAUGAACAGGCUUCCCAUCUUGUUCCGGACCGACACGCCGUUGCCCCCCAGGAGGACUCCCUACCGAUUUGGAAAGCCGCUCGUGCGACGACCGCCGCGCCCACGUUCUUCAAACGGAUCUACAUCGGGCAGGAGAACAUGGAGCAGCCGUACAUCGACGGCGGGGCGGCAGACCCCGCGAGGUUCCUGUUGGAAGAAGCCAACUGGGUCCUUCCCCGAUCGGCCCGUAGGGUGCCUCGUCAGUAUAGGAACGGGCAACCCUGGGGUGAUGAGGAUACCCCGCCCAGGACUGUGUUCCCGCUGGAAGUGGUCCAGGCGCUGAGGGGGAUCCACGACGGAUUGCGAGACCGAGGCAGGAGAGGCUCGAGAGGGCGUUUAGUAGUCGACCGAGGGUGUAUUUCAGGUUUAACUGUCGCGCAGGGCUUGCAGGGUGUUUCACUGUCAGAGUGGGAUCGGUUGGAUGCGGUGCGGUCGCAUACGGAGCAGUAUUUAGUGUAGUACGAUGGUAGUGGACCAGAAAUUGGAAGGAGCGGUUAACGCCCUUCGAGGCGGGAGGGUUUUGUAGUUUAGAAUCUAUCACAUACCCUUGCUUUCGAUAAAGGUGGAUUUUUUGUUAGAAGUCAUGGAGCUAGUCGUGUGAAUAGCCAGAAAGCUAAACGGCAGUAUUUACUUUAUUUCCACGGACAACUCAGUAUUUGUCCUCGUAGUGUGAACAUAAGGUAUCCAUAUUGAAUUACAUCUAUCAUACCGUAGUCUAUACAUUUGCACAUGUGAGUGAACGUCCAAGCUAUC